AUGGACAUGUCGUUGAUUGAUGAUUCAACUGACUGUUUGAUCAGGCUUCUGGUUUGUGUUUUGGUUUUAUGCCAACCUUUAACUAAGGACAGCGUGAAACUGAAGUGUUCAGGCAAUGUGAACGGCGGCUUAGGAACGAGGCUAAAUAGGGCUGGAAUGUACUCGUUACCUAGGAAUUCUCUAAUGAUGUCGCAAAUGUCACGGCCUUUUUUGGUGGAACCUGAGAAUGCUCUGAAGCCUAGCGGUGUCAUACAUGGUACACCAGGUCCGCUGUUGGGGCACGUCGAACAUAUAGAUUUGCAGCCAACACUGCUGACCUGGUGCGGCAGGUGCCCGGGGAGAGAGUCACCAAGGAAAGACAUCAGCGGUGAACUUGGUAAGCAAGUCGACUCAUCUGUACUGUGCUCAUCGCAUUCUGUUUUGGCAGUUGGGACGCCUUUACCGUACAGGCAAUCGCCCCAACCAAAGUCUGUUGCUGGCUGA